AUGCGGGCCCUGUGGGCUCUUGCACCCGUUCUCUUCCCUGCUGUGAGCGCUCUGCCCACUGCAAGCUCUACUCCGACUCCCUCUACUCCGGGCCCAUCGACUACCCCAGCACCAACUGCGGCCCCUGGUGGGAACCCCUUCGAGGGAUACCAGCAAUAUGUCAAUCCUUACUACAAGUCCGAGGUCCUGUCCCUUGCUGUUCCUUCCAUGACCGGCGACCUCGCUGCGCAGGCGAGUGCGGCAGCUGACGUUCCGUCGUUCUUCUGGCUCGACACAGCCGACAAGGUCCCUCAGAUGGGCACCUUCCUGAAGAACAUCAAGGAGGCAAAUGACGGCGGCGCCAAUCCCCCCAAUGCGGGCAUCUUCGUUGUCUACGACUUGCCGGACCGCGACUGCGCCGCGCUGGCCAGCAACGGCGAGUAUUCGAUUGCGGACGGCGGUGUCGAGAAAUACAAGGCGUACAUCGACUCGAUCAAGAAGCAGCUGGAGACCUACUCUGAUGUUCAGAACAUCCUCAUCAUCGAGCCGGAUAGUCUGGCCAACCUGGUGACCAACAUGAACGUCGAGAAGUGCGCCAACGCCCACGAUGCCUACCUGGAGUGCACCAACUAUGCCAUCACGCAGCUGAACCUCCCCAAUGUGGCGAUGUAUCUCGACGCUGGUCAUGCCGGAUGGCUGGGCUGGCCCGCCAACAUCGGCCCCGCGGCCGAGCUGUUCGCCGGAGUCUACAAGAACGCGUCUUCCCCUGCUGCCCUCCGUGGACUGGCAACUAACGUGGCCAACUACAACGCCUUCUCCAUCGACACCUGCCCCUCGUACACCUCAGAGAACGAGGUCUGCGAUGAGAAGAGCUAUAUCAACAACUUUGCGCCCGAACUCAAGAGCAACGGCUUCGAUGCUCACUUCAUUGUCGACACUGGUCGCAACGGUAACCAGCCCACUGGACAGCUGGAGUGGGGUGACUGGUGCAAUGUUGUCGACACCGGCUUCGGUGCUCGUCCCUCCACCGACACCGGUGAUGAACUGGUUGAUGCCUUUGUCUGGGUGAAGCCUGGUGGUGAGAGUGACGGUACCUCGGACACCUCUGCUGAGCGCUAUGAUGCCCACUGCGGUCUGGAUGACGCCCUGAAGCCGGCUCCUGAGGCUGGUACUUGGUUCCAGGCGUACUUUGAGCAGCUGGUGAAGAACGCGAACCCACCUCUGUCUAGCUAG